AUGGAUGCUAGUGUGUUGAGGGCUGUGGUUUUGAUGAGCAUGCUUGUGCUUUCAAUAGCUCAAGCUGAUAUUAAUCCUUCCUAUACCAAUGCGGUUCCAAAUGACAAUCCUCUCGAUCAAGUUGAUGAUGUCGAUCCUCGCUCUAAUACAAAUCAAGUGGUUCCAAAUGGCCAUAUUAUCUCUUGUGGUUUAAAAUGUGCGACAAAGUGCCUGAUGAACCCAAUAUGCCUUGGCAUGUGCAUGAUCAGAUGCAAACAUAGGCCUUCGGAAUAA